CUAUAUCUGAAUAAAAUCCGAAAUUGUGUAUGGAAAAGGUGAAUAUGUGAGUGAAUCAUUUAUAAAGUCGUGAUCCAGGAGGCACAACAAAGGGUUCGACGUCGACGCCCACAAGCCACCGCCUCCUCUGCCGCCGAUUAAAUUAAUCUAAUCUCGACGUCGCUGCAAACUGCGCUGUCGCAGCUAAAUUGUAAACUACCGGCGGGACGUCAAUCAGUAAACACUCGCCCGAAGACGCCUCCGGACGUUCCCACCUAGAGAUACCCCAGUCCAACGAACAAACAACAUAAUGGUGGCCCCCUCUAAACUCAGCCAGGUGCUUAGCUACCAAAACUUCGUGCAUGCCGUCUCCGGAGCUGCGGGUGGAUGCAUCGCGAUGAGCACUUUCUAUCCACUGGACACGGUGCGUUCCCGCUUGCAACUUGAGGAGGCCGGCGAAGUGCGGAGUACCAGGCAGGUGAUCAAGGAGAUUGUGCUGGGCGAGGGAUUCCAGUCCUUGUACCGGGGUCUCGGACCAGUCCUCCAGAGUCUAUGCAUUUCGAACUUUGUCUACUUCUACACAUUCCACGCCCUCAAGGCGGUGGCCUCCGGUGGCUCUCCAUCCCAGCACAGCGCUCUCAAGGAUUUGUUCCUGGGCAGCAUUGCGGGCAUCAUCAAUGUGCUCACCACAACACCGUUUUGGGUGGUCAACACACGGUUGCGCAUGCGCAAUGUGGCUGGAACCUCGGAUGAGGUGAACAAGCACUACAAGAGCCUGCUGGAGGGUCUCAAGUACGUGGCUCAAAAGGAAGGCAUCGCCGGUCUGUGGUCGGGCACAAUUCCCUCUCUGAUGCUGGUCUCCAAUCCCGCCCUGCAGUUUAUGAUGUACGAGAUGCUCAAGCGCAACAUAAUGCGCUUCAACGGCGGCGAAAUGGGCAGCCUGAGUUUCUUCUUCAUCGGUGCCAUUGCCAAGGCCUUCGCCACGGUGCUGACCUAUCCGUUGCAGUUGGUCCAGACCAAGCAGCGCCAUCGCAGCAAGGAAUCAGAGUCGAAACCCUCGACUUCGGCGGGAUCCCAGCCGCGCACCGAGAGCACGUUGGAGCUGAUGAUCAGCAUACUUCAACACCAGGGCAUCCGUGGUCUGUUCCGCGGCCUGGAGGCCAAGAUCCUGCAGACUGUGCUCACAGCCGCGCUAAUGUUCAUGGCCUACGAGAAGAUAGCCGGCACCGUGGUCAUGCUGCUCAAACGCAACUAAAAUGAGGCUCUAGUCUACACGUAGUUUUACUCAACUAACCGUAAUGUAAGCUAUAACACAAACGUACACAAUCUGAUUUAGGAUAUGGCCAGAACACACACUCUCCAAAGUUUAGUCGCUAAGCGUCACUGGAUUAAAGAAACGAUACAAAUUGUUAACAAAAGGAAA